AUGGACCAGCUCCAGAAGCUACACCGCCCAGCAUCUCAGGAAAGUGUGCGGCAGGUUUUGGCCCCACAUCAGCUGGACCGUACUGCUUUCCACCAGAUCUUGCAGCUCCUAAAGAGUCGCCACCGAGCCGAUCUAGUAGGUCCUCUUCUUGCAGAGAUUGUCAGAGAAGGUGACACGAAACUUGGUCUACCAGAAUACACGGCCGGGAUUAGCGCCUGUGCAAAGGCGAGGAAGUGGCAGCUGGCUGUGCAUCUGUUCGAUAGCAUGCACGAAGCCAAGCUGGAGGCUAAUGUCAUCAGCUACAGUGCCACCAUUAGUAGUUGUGAGAAAGCCGGACAGUGGCAGAUGGCCGUGCAUCUGUUCGACAGCAUGCCAAGAGCUAACGUGGAGGCAAACAUCAUCAGCUACAAUGCAACGAUCAGUGCUUGUGAGAAGGCUGGUCAGUGGCAACUGGCAGUACACCUGUUCGACAACAUUCGCAAAGCGAAGCUGCAUGCUGACCUCAUUAGCUACAGUGCCGUCAUCAGCAGCUGUGAGAAGGUCGGGCAGUGGCAGCUGGCGGUGAGUCUAUUUGCAGCAAUGCUCAAAUCCCAAUUAGAUGCUGAUGUCAUCAUUUACAGUGCUACCAUCAGCAGCUGUGCGAAGGCUGGGAAUUGGCAGCUGGCCAUGCAUCUCUUCGAAAGCAUGCGCAAGAACAAGGUGGGCACGAAUGUCAUCAGCUACAGUGCUGCCAUCAGCAGUUGUGAGAAGGGCGGGCAAUGGCAGCUGGCUCUGCAUUUAUUCGCCAGCAUGUGCAGGGACAAACUGCUUGCUGACGUGACCAGCUAUAAUGCUAUCAUUAGUGCUUGCGAGAAGGGUUGGCAGUGGGAGCUGGCAAUAGACCUCUUCGACAGCAUGCACAGAGCCAAGCUCCAAGCUGACGUCAUCAGCUACAACGCCACCAUCAGCGCUUGCGAGAAGGGUGGGCGGUGGCAGCUAGCUAUGUAUCUCUUUGACAAUAUGCACAAGGCCAAGCUGCAUCCUGACAUCAUCAGUUUCAGCGCAACCAUCAGCAGCUGCGAGAAAGGUGGACAAUGGCCGCUGGCAUUGCACAUUUUUGCUGUGAUGCUCGCUGCCCAACUAGAUGCCGAUGUCAUCAGCUACACUGCCGCCAUCAGCAGUUGCGAGAAGGCCGGGCAGUGGCAGAUGGCCGUGCAUCUGUUCGACAGCAUGCAGAAAGGCAAAGUGCAUGCAAACAUCAUCACCUACAGUUCCACAGUCAGGGCGUGCGAGAAGGGUGGGCAUUGGCCUCUGGCUGUUCAUGUCCGGCAACAGGCGAGAACUCAAGGUGCAUAUUGA